UGGUCAGUCCUAAGCAGCCCUGGUCGGCGCAGGGCGGCCUCAGGGGACCCGUGCCCGGGCUGAUGUCCGGGUCUGAGGUGUCCUGGGGGGCACAAGCGCCCCGAGGGGCCCGGCCCCGGGCAGAGGCGGCUCCCCUGCCGCCGCGCCCCAGCCCGCCGCGGGCCCUGCGCCUUCCCCACUCUCCUGGCCCCCGGCGCUCGCCGUAGCGGCGCCCGGCGGGGCGUGGAGCGGGUAAGAUGGCGGCGGGGGCGGCGGCGGACGCCCAGGCGCGGUUCGGGCACUCGGUGAAGGGGCUGCUGACCGAGAAGGUGACGAGCUGCGGCACCGAUGUGAUCGCCCUCACCAAGCAGGUGCUGAAGGGCUCCCGCAGCGCCGAGCUCCUGGGUCAAGCUGCUAGAAACAUGGUGAUGCAAGAAGAUGCCAUCCUGCACUCGGAAGAUAGUUUAAGGAAAAUGGCCAUAAUAACCACUCAUCUACAGUACCAGCAAGAAGCAAUUCAGAAGAAUGUCGAGCAGUCAUCAAACCUACAGGACCAGCUGAGUCACUUGCUGAAAUGAAGCACAGCCGAAGGCAUGAGGACAUCUCGACUGGCACCGGGAGCAGUGAAGCGUCCUUUCCCCUCCAGACCUAUGCCUGGAUGGUGCUGGAUGUCAGCUGGGAUAUGUGCAGAGUCUGUGUUUCUGGGUACAUGGGCCUCUCUCACGUGCCUCCAUCCAUGUCUCUGGUCCAGAACGCUUACCAGCGCCUAGCUGAAACAAACUUACAUGAAACUUUACUCCCCGCAGCAAUUCCUGUAGCUGCUUACUUCCCCUGUGGUGUGGGGUGGUCAGCCCACACCAGCACCCCUGGCAAGAAAUGCAUAAAAUCAAGCCAUGGGAUUUAAAUACAGGUACCUGCAGUUUGACACAGUAUUGCCUGUAUUUAGACACACAAAUGGCACUGAGUGCAAUUUAUUUAGGGAGUGUUAGUGGGACCUCUAAGUGCCUGGGUGGGUGAGAGAGGUGUUUUAGUGUAGGCUGAGGUGCCAGUCCCAGGCCAGAAUUUCUGAAAGUGGGAACCUGGGCACACACCUCUGUCACUGGUCCAGCUGCACAUGGUUUGGCCAGCGUCCUGCUUGAAGGUUAUCUUAUUUUCCACUCUGCCAGAUUUUGGAACGUCAUCCCCUUGCCGACCCAUCUGCAUUGCCUUGGCCUUCAGCUGCAUUCCUCUUCCUGGGCGGCUGCUCCAGCUCUUGGUAAAGCAGCCUUGGCCGUGCUGUGUGUUUUUAUCUGGUUGGGAAGGUAUCCAAAGGCCUGGCCAGGAAGCAGACAGGAGAACAUCAUGAGCCACCGUGCUCCAUUCUGCACCGCUCUGUGUUGGAGGAUUAGCAACCGGCAUCCUCUUCACAUCCCUGGGAGCAACAUCAGGCCCAGGCUAUAAAUACUGUGUCUUGUUUUUUGCUAAGUCAUUUAUCUGGAGCACUUGGAGUGCACGGGAAGUACUUGUUUGCCUGAGUGUGCUUUUCAUCGGCUGAUAGGAGAAAGCGGGCUGAGAGUGGGCAUUGGCCUGCCAUGAUCCUGUUGGAGCGCUGCUGGGGUUUGGCUCCUGUGCUGCAGAGCUGUCUCCUGGGCUGGAUUUCACCGUCCCCUUCGGUGCCACUGCCUGUUUGGGCUUCACCCGGUGGCACCACAGCUCCUGCAUCCCCAAAAAGGUCCCACUGUUAGCCCAGAGGGCAUGGCAGGUAUUUUUGCUGUGGGAAGGGUCCUGAUAGCCAGCUUUGCAGAUGUACUUUGGUUCUCUCGAACUGCUGGAGAAACUGUGACUCACUUUCUGGGAAUAAAAGGUGUCCUGAACACCACCAAACCGCA